GUUGGAGGGGCUCACUGUAUAAAAGCAAAUGCGAAGGCAGUGAUUGUUACUCGCUCUUCAUCAGCACAGAUAAGAGAAGACUCACACACGAAGAACAAGAGCACGACUGCAUCAGUAACUGCUGUCAUGUCAAAAGUUUUCAAAAAAACGAGUGGAAAUGGAGUCAUCGCCCUGUACCUGGGGAGGAGAGACUUUGUGGACCACGUGGAUUCUGUUGACUUAGUUGAUGGAAUAGUUAAAGUGGACCCUUCUGGCCUCAAUGGUAGAAAAGUAUUCAUCUACCUCGCCUGUGCAUUCCGCUAUGGCAGCGAUGACUUGGAUGUUAUCAGCCUCUCCUUCAGGAGAGACAUCUGGUUAAAGCGCAUUCAGAUUUAUCCACCCACUAAUGGAAAUCCAACUAAGACUCCAAUGCAGGAGUCCCUCCUGAAAAAAGUUGGUGAGCAGGGAUGUCCCUUCUCCUUCCAGAUGCCAACAAACCUCCCAUGCUCUGUCUCCUGUCAACCUAGACCAAAUGAUCGUGGAAAGGCUUGUGGAGUGGAUUUUGAGGUUAAAGCAUACCUCGCCAACGAUGCUGAUAAUCCAGAUGAAGUUAUUGACAAAAAGGACACGUGUCGUCUGAUGAUUCGUAAAAUUCAGUAUGCACCGGCUAACAAAGCCGGACCGAAGGCUGAAUUGUCAAAGCAAUUUAUGAUGAGUGACAAACCUAUCCAUGUGCAGGCUUGCCUUGAGAAGGAGGUCUACUAUCAUGGAGACCCGAUCACUGUUAAUGUAAAAAUUAACAAUGAAACUACAAAAACUGUGAAGAAAAUAAAGAUCACUGUUGAUCAACUAGCCAAUGUGGUCCUCUACUCCUCUGACACUUACACUAAGGAGGUUUGCGCUGAGGAGUUUGAAGAAACUGUAGGUGCAUGUUCCACAUAUGAGAAAAACUUCCAGGUAACCCCUCUGCUGGCUAACAACAAAGAGAAGCGAGGCAUUGCAGUCGAUGGGAGGCUAAAAGAUGAGGACACCAACUUGGCAUCCACAACAUUGAGUCAAGGGGAUAAGGAAAUGCAGGGAAUCAUUGUUUCCUACAAAGUGAAGGUUACUGUAGCAGCAUCUGGAGGAGGCCUGCUGGGUGGCCUAACAGGAAGUGACGUCGUCCUGGAACUUCCCUUGAUUCUGAUGUGCCCCAAACCAGCAGAAGUGUAAGUAUUAAAAAUCCCUGUUGGAAGUAUUUUCUGGUCAUAACUGG